AUUCUCAUUCUGAUUCUGAUGCACCAAAUUGAGAAUGGCGUCUUCUCUCUCUACGUGUUUUCUUUGCACACACUCUUUGAAAUCUCCAACACUUAGCUCGAAACCUCGUUGCUUUUCUCGUUUUCAAGUUCGAGUUUCACCGAAAGCUUCUCAAAACAAGAAUGCCAACACUGAUUCUGUUGAAACUCCGUCACCACGACCCUCUUCGCCUAGACCUCCUUUUAAUCCCUCUUCUCUGUUUCGUCCUUUCAGAAAUGGGUGGCUUAAAUUUGAUGAACUUGGGAUGGAGAUAGUACUCAUUGCCUUGCCUGCUGCUUUGGCUUUGGCAGCUGAUCCUAUUGCCUCAUUGAUUGACACAGCGUUCGUUGGCCACAUAGGGGCAGUUGAAUUGGCUGCAGUUGGGGUUUCAGCUUCUGUAUUUAAUCUAGUGUCAAAAGUAUUCAAUGUUCCUUUACUUAAUAUUACUACAUCAUUUGUUGCGGAGGAGCAGGCACUAAUUAGCAAGGAGGAGGAUUCCAAUCGAAGUGAUGAAAAUGGAAAUUACCAAGGCAAGAAGCUCCUUCCUUCAGUAUCAACUUCUUUAGCACUUGCAGCAACUCUUGGAAUUGCUGAAACUGUGGCGCUUUCCCUUUGCUCUGGCAUUCUUAUGAAUAUCAUGGGUAUACCUGCUGAUUCUCCCAUGCGUGGACCUGCUGAGCAGUUUCUUACAUUGAGGGCCUUUGGUGCUCCACCAAUCGUGAUUGCAUUAGCUGCACAAGGCACUUUUCGUGGGUUUUUGGAUACAAAGACGCCUUUAUAUGCUGUUGGUGCUGGAAACUUUCUUAAUGCCAUAUUGGAUCCUAUAUUAAUAUUUUUUUUUGGUUUCGGCGUUAGUGGUGCUGCAGUUGCUACUGUGAUCUCUGAAUAUCUAAUAGCUUUCAUUCUGCUAUGGAAAUUGAGUAGCAAAGUGCUGCUAAUUCCUUUUGACUUUGAUGGGCGAAAAGUUUUCAGCUAUCUGAAAUCUGGUGGUCUUCUUACUGCCAGGACUUUGGCUGUGUUUACAACUAUAACACUGUCAACAUCAGCCGCAGCUAAGCAGGGCCCUAUACUUAUGGCAGGUCAUCAAAUAUGCAUGCAAGUUUGGUUGUCUGUUUCUUUACUCACAGAUGCUCUGGCGCUUGCUGGUCAGGCACUCCUUGCCAGUAGCUACUCUCAGGGAAAUUAUGGGCAAGCACGCCUUGUUAUAUAUAGAGUGAUACAGAUUGGUUUAGGAGCAGGAAUCACUUUGUCUAUGAUCUUAUUCAUUGGGUUUGAAGCAUUUUCUAGUUUAUUUAGCUCAGAUUCAGAAGUUCUGGAUGUUGCUCAGUCAGGUAUAUUGUUUGUUGCUGGAUCUCAACCAGUGAAUGCUUUGGCAUUUGUUAUUGAUGGGAUUUAUUAUGGCGUAUCAGACUUUGGAUAUGCUGCUUACUCAAUGGUGCUAGUUGGACUAGUUUCUUCAACUUUCCUUCUGGUGGCUGCUCCAAAACUUGGGCUUCCUGGAGUCUGGACAGGAUUGUUUAUCUUCAUGGCUUUGCGUGUUCUAGCUGGAGUUUGGAGGUUGAGCAGCAAAAGUGGACCUUGGGAUACAAUCUGGUAUGAUGGAGCAGGAGACUAACAGGCAUUCAAAUUCAUGUAUUCAGUACUCAGAAGUUCCAACUUUCACCUAUCAGGUUAAAAGCCAUUUUCAAGAUGGUUAGAACAUGAUUCCCAAGAGCUCUAAUAUGUGGACACUAUAUCUCUGCAAUUGAAGAUAAUCCAGUAGCAAUGCAGGACUAUAGUAAAUUAUUAGACUGUUGCAGCUAUUGCUGCAAAGCAAUUGCCAAAAUCUUGCCGGUACAAGUAGAGAGAGUUUGAAUGGCCAAUAGAACAGCGAGGGAGAAAAUUAUUGAAUGAUCCACCCUUCAGCAUAGAAGCCACGCCUUCUGGCUUUUGUUGGAAAAUUAUAUUUAUUAGGAAAUUUUGUGUAAGUUUGUAUAUUUUCAUUUUAAAAGGCAGGGCAUGUGAGAAUUAGGUACUCUGACUUAUUAAUCACUUACGUAUGAUUAAUUUGUAAACGACUAUUAUUUAUUAUUAAUCAAUGCCAGUGAGAGGAUAUUAAGUAAAUGACUAUUAUUACUUAUUU